GCAGCAGCCCGUCGGACUGUCGGCUAUAAAACACAACAAAUCAUAAAGUGCAGGCAGGGGAAGGCAGAGGCAGGAGGACGGGAGGGAGAACCGUUAGCCGUUAGCCGUUAGCCUCUUCUACUCCUCCUUCUUCUCCUUCUUCUCCUUCUUCUUCUCCUUCUUCUUCUUCAUCAUCGUGUGAACGUUGUUGUUGUGUUUGUUCCGUGCCCUCCUGUCCUCCCCUCUCCUCUCCUCUCCUCUCUUUCUCUUCUCCUCCUUCUUUUCCUUCUACUCCCGUCCUACUUUCUUCCGAUGAGUUCCUAUUUCGUCAACUCCACUUUCCCGGUAACGCUACCGGGAACGGGCGCCGGCGGGCAGGCUGCGGAGUCGUUCUUGGGUCAGAUCCCGCUCUACUCUUCGGGAUACGCCGCCGACCACCCGCUCCGCCACUACUCGGGGGCAGCGGCCGUCACCGCCGCCGCCGCCGCCGUGGCUUACGGUGCAAGCGGCGGCGGCGGCGGCGGCGGCGGCGGCGGCGUGCACCAGGAGAAGCCGUACCCGACGGCCGCCUACUACCAGCAGGCGGCGAACGGAGCGUACGGCGGCGGGCACCGGGCGGCGCAAGGGGUCGGUGUCGGUGUCGGUGUCGGUGUCGGUGUCGGUGCUUGCGACUACGCCACCGCGGCUGCAGCGGCUGCCGCAGCGGCCACGAGCUUUUACCGGGACAAGGAGCACGCGCUUAGCCUGGAGGAGCACCAGCUCGCGCUCAGCCAGGAGGGCAUGCACCGCAAAGCGGAGUGCGGUAAAGGGAUGUUCGGGGAAACGAUGGACGAGAAGCUGGCGUCGUCAGCUCCUAUUUAUCCGUGGAUGCAGCGGAUGAACUCGUGCAACGGGACCUUCGGCAGCCCCGGGAGGCGCGGGCGGCAGACGUACACGCGCUACCAGACGCUCGAGCUGGAGAAGGAGUUCCACUUCAACCGGUACCUCACGCGGCGGCGGCGGAUCGAGAUCGCGCACGCGCUCUGCCUAACUGAGCGGCAGAUCAAGAUCUGGUUCCAGAACCGCAGGAUGAAGUGGAAGAAGGAGAACAAGCUGAUCAACUCCUCGUCGUCCUCCUCCUCUUCCUCCACGGUGAACGGUGUCGAGGAAGAGGAGAAACGGACGGAGUGAAAGAGGAGGACAAAAUGAAGAAAAAAAAAAAACUGAUGUUAUACACAUAAAAAAGGAAGAUGGAGGAAAAGACAUGCUGGUUGAUCCCUACCCUUUUCCCGUCUCAAAGUCCGUCCAGACGCGUGUCUGAUGUGAAAACUCUGGGAGAAAUGAACGUAGCCUACAUAUUAUUUUAUUUUAUUUUUUUACCUGAGCAGGGUUGUGAAGCACGUGCAAGAGAUGAAGUGGGGAUUACUUUUUUUUUUUUUGGAUCUGUGUGGUCUGAAAAUUGGGAAAUAAUUUUACUCUUGUGGAAAGGACAGAUAAAAGUAAGAAAUAAUAAAAAAAAAAAAACUUAAAAAGGAGAGAGGUGGGACAAGUGAAGUGUAUUUAAAAAAAAUACAGUAAAUAAGUAACCCGCCACCCAACGGGGACAAACUGUGUUAAGACGCAGUUUAUUGUUGCAUUCCAAGAACAACCGCCCAACUUCUUAUUGUACUUAAGUUUUAAUUCUCCUCAAAAAACGUACUUCCUUUAUGUCAGGCACUUGUUUGUGGAAGCUUUUGGACCCCACCUAUUAUUAUUAUUUUUCUUAUUUUGUAAACGUACUGUAUUAUACCUUUAAUUAGACGCGCAGACACUCUCAUACGAGGACGAGCUAUAGGAGAAGUGUAUGUAUGUCAUAUGGUGUUCAUAUUUAAACUGUAUAGAAACAAGCAAUGGGGGGGGGAAAAAGCAUCACCUUGCACG